UCCACUGACCAAGGCCGGGUACAACAGACUCCCCACUCUCCCCCACCCUCGUCAGGCGUGGCUACAGGUUGUGAUGUACAUGACACAGGCUCUGUAAAACCCACGAACCUUGUCUGCUGUGUAGAGGGCCGGAUGUCAUUUGUGAAGUUCAAAUGACAUAAGGUGACGACAAAAAGGAAGACGUUAAGAAAAAGGACAGAAGAAGAGAAAACGGCGGAUCGGGGAAGGAUCUGCUGACGGUUCCUGCUUUUAUUUGAGUGCUGGACGGUUGUUGUCGUCAGUCCAAAACCCCACCACUCGGUUACAUCAUUUUGGCGCUGCGAGCAGGAUAUUUGUCGGCGGAGAAGUGCACAAUGGCUGCAGACGGCGACAGUAUAGCAGAGGCUGUACGAACAUCGGAACAUGUCAUUUAUUCCGCCUUCAGAAGUUUGCCGGCGGGCCAAGUGUCGACGAGUUUGAAAGAGAGGUGGAGUUAGGUCUCGCCAUCAGCCCGAUGCCUCAGAAUGCGGCGUGUGUCUAUGUUCUCAACGCGCUGGAGGGACCUGCUAGACGGCGAGUUCUGAUGUUCCCUCAUGACAUGAUAGACACACCGGAAAAGAUUUUGGAUGUUUUGAGGGAAGCGUACUGCGAGCGGAGAGAUGCUGUGGACAUCAUUGCCAGUUUCUAUAACCGCCGACAGCGGAUUGAGGAGGCGGUCAUCGAAUAUGCCGCGACACUCCGGAAUUUACAGGCGGAAGCAAACCGCCUGCUGAGCGACGCCAUAUCCAGUACACACCUGGCGACACGCUUUGUGAAAGGACUUAAAAACAGCCAGGUCCGACCUGAAACAUCCAGACAGCUGGCCGACCAUGGGUCUUCUUUUGCCGAUCUCCUUAGAGAGAGAGGAGAUGUGUAAUGACAGGGAGGAUGAGAGAGAUCGUCUGACUGCACGAGUCAGACAGCUGGAGAUGGAGGCGGCCUCCCGGCUUCACAGGACACAACAAAGUGAUUUCCCCUUCAAAGCUGAUUGUCAGCACAAACAUAAAUAUCUGCGACGACAGCAGACAAGACAACGGGGCAGCCAGCUAUCAAAACCUCCCGAUGGCAGCGAUGGUGGAGGGGGCAGAAGGCGAGGUUUCUGCAGGUGGUUCAACGUGGCAAAAGGAUGGGGGUUCAUCACACCUGAUAAUGGCGAUCAAGACGUCUUUGUCCACCAUUCAGUUAUUCACAAGGCAGGCUUUCGCAACCUAGGCAAAGGUGAAUUGGUGGAAUUUGAAUCCAGACCGUCAUACAAGUGCGUUGAAGCCACGUUCGUCUGUGGUAUCGGAGGAGUGAACUUCCGGGGCAGUGAUCGCCGGGUGAUUUCAAGGAAAAAGUUUCAAAACAAGCCAGUGGUGCAACUACAACAGCAACAACCACAACGACGGCAGUGCCAAGCAGAACUGCAACGGGACAGAUUCCAUGGAUGGAGCGGCCGGAGUACCUGUAAUAUCACCAACCGGCCAGUUGUUGAUGACAGUGCUGUGUACACAGUCAGGCCCCUUGUUGACGCCCUGCACUGACCCUCAAUAGGAGCGACAUGACAACAGCGAAGUCGUCUCUGCAGUUAGAGGACAUUCAGCUGCCGGAGACACAGAAUUGUCAGGACUACGACAGUGACGAAGAAACUCCGUUUUAGUAUGGUACUCUCCCACCCAUUAAGCCAGAACUAUAGUGAUACCAAAAGUGACUACCUGUGGUGCCAGAUAUGACAGUAACUGUGGUUCCAGAAGUGACAGUGCCUGCAGUACCCCAGCCCCACAAAACUCAGCGGUUUGCUGUUAGACAGGCAUAAAACUCACAUGUAGAAAACUGUUUUGUGUGACACUAUUCAUUGACACUGUAGAUAACACGUAGAUGUGGUGUAAGCAUUGAUUAGUUUGUUUUGCUAUUUUGUUUAUUUCUUUCUCGUUUUGCCACGGCUGCGUCUACGAAAUGUCAUUGACAGGAAUGACACACGAGACAGAUUGACGGAAUGCCUGCCCUUAUAAACACAUUCUGCCCAUGUAGCAGUUAUUUAGGGAGAAUAAUAAUCAGUCGAUCAGAUUCAGUGGUCAGGUGGAGUACAGAUAUUUUAAUUUAAGGCAAAUCUUGAUUACUCUGCAAAUCUAUACUCUCGUAAUACCAGCUGCUGGUAUGGUGCACAGGUAUGUUGAGUAAUGUCCAUCAUUAACACACAGGUAUAUUGAGUAACAUUGGUCAUUAACACACAGGUAUGUUGAGUACCAUUGGUCAUUAACACACAGGUAUGUUGAGUAACAUCGAUCGUUAGCAGUCGCUUUGUCCACGACAUCGGUCUGUGUGUCGACGUGUCCAGUAAACGGUGGGCUACAGGUCGUUCUACAGUUAACUUUCGUGACGUAUUUCCAGCUGCUAAAAUAUUAAACUGGUUUGACGGUUUCAAAAUAUUGUCGAUGUUCAUAAAGGCACAAGGGUAUUUUUCCUAUUGAGAAGAUAGAUGAUGAAAACCUA